CAAUGCAUCUCUCGCUCUCUUCUUCCUCUUCCUCUCUUCAUUUUUUCUCAUCGCCAUGGUUUCUUGCGGGGUCCCCCAAAACCCUCAGAUCCAUUAGAACCCGGCGCACGAUAGAAAUUCAGGCUCACGCCAGCAUCGACGGAGGAUCCGUCCCCCCGCGCACGAUAGCCCUCGCUGGAGCUUGGAACCCUAAUUUUAACGGCGGAUGAGGAACCGAGCCUGGAUUGGAGGUGACUCGAUCUUAGUAGAUUGUUGAUUAGGAUGAAGAAGGGAUCUACGAGGGCGCUGAAAGAGUUGUACGAUUCUACUGAGAUGAUUACUGAGCCGGAGAUUACGCCAGUCCUGGAAGGGAACUGUCGCAUCCAAGGGCCCGUGGACGAGUCAGAUCAUGAGCUUCGCGGGACAAAUUCUGGUUUAUUUCCCUCUGAAAGAAAGUUAACCUUCACAGAUAGCAGUCCUCAUAUGAGAAUUGAAUCCGGGACUUGCAACAUGUGCUCUGCUCCUUGUUCAUCCUGCAUGCACAAUAACAGAACUGCACUAGCUAUGGAAUCAAAAAUGGAGUGUGGAUCAUCCCGCUUUAGUUGUGCAACAAAAGAAGAUGAUAAUUAUUCUUUCAUCUAUGCUGACAGGAUGCCCCAUUGUAAAAGCAGAAUAUGUGAUGAUUUAGAACAUACAGCUAGUGAAGCAAGUAACUUUCUUAGUUCCAGUUCAAGUCACGAUUCAUACUCCGAGUGCACAGAAAGCAAAGCAUCAAUGAAGGCCCUUGAUACUUGUGAAGCACCUGAGAAUGUUGAAACACCUCCUGUGCCGUUGAGAGAAACAGGGAAAGAUCAAUUCCUCCAAGAUAAAAGAAGUUCUGCAGGUUUUUGUUUGGUUUCCUCAAAUAGCCACGACACACCUGAUUCGUGCCACGGGGACAACAUAUCUUGUAUUAGUGGAAUUAAAGAUUCUAACCUUGACGUAGGUACUUGUAACACGGAUCAGAAAAAUGCUACUCGCAGUUCUGCAUCAGCUCAUAUGUUGCUUUCUAAAGAAGUUGAAGAUACAGUUCAGAUUGAAGCCACAGACAACUUGCAUGGCAGUGAAAUUAAACAGCAACAGAGUAAUUAUAAUAGGCUAGCAAUGCACCGCGAGGAAUCAUUCCAAAAUGGCGAAUAUUCUGUUAAAGCUUCCUUCUCUGAUAAGUCCAAAGUUGAGGAGGUUCAUAUGUUAAAGCACAUCACUUCUCCAAAAGUUCAAUAUCCAUGCUCAGCCUCCCAACAUGAACAUGUUUUUAGCCACAAUGCCUUCAAGAAUUCUGAUGGUAGUCCAAGUUGUCAACUACUUGUUGAUGGGGGGGAAUCUUCAUUAGGAUCACAAGCUGCAGUAGCUAGUAGCCUUGGUGAAAAGGAAACAUUAUCUAAACAUGAACACAGUAAAGCAGGUUACACUGGAAAUGUCUUCUCUGCUGAUUCUGUAAGGGUUACUGAUUCAUUCUUGGGAAAUGAACAUGUCUUAGACAAGGGGAUCUCAUCUAAUGAAGUUUGGAUGACGAGCUCCAUGAACAGGGAAUUUGAAAUGCCUACUUCAGUCGACGUGUCUAACGCGCAAGAACCUCAGCAGGUUAUGGAUAGUGAAAAUUCUGAGUCAGAAACUGAGUUGUUAGAUGUAAAAGUCUGUGAUAUCUGUGGGGAUGCUGGACGAGAGGAAAAACUUGCUUUUUGUAGCAGAUGCAGUGACGGUGCAGAGCACAUUUAUUGUAUGCGAAAGAUGAGGCGUGAAGUUCCAAAAGGUGAUUGGUUAUGUGAGGAAUGCCAGCUGAAGGAGGAUGCUGAAAGGUCAAAAGAGAUUGAAAUGGUACCUGGAGCAGCCAAAGAAUUUAGGCUGAAGGAUAGUUGUGAAAUUGAGAAGGUGGAUAGGUCUGAAAUGUUAUCUCCAAUGGCAAAAGAAUACAAGCUUAAGGAGUAUACUAAAGGCACAGAUUGGUGUAGGUCUGAAGCAGUACUAGGAACAUCAAGAGAACGCAAGGAGGACAAUGGAAGUAAAAAGGUUAAGGUGGAUAGGUUGGAAAAAUUAUCUUCAACGGCAGAAGCUGUCAAGCUUAAGGAGUAUACUGAAGGCAGGAAGGGAAGUAGAUCUGAAGCAGUACCAAGAACAUCAAGAGAAUGCAAGGAGGAGGAAAGUGGAUGUAAAAAGUUUAAUACAUCUCAAAACAUUCCCAAAACGUCAAAAUUAUUGUGUCUGAAUGAAACCAGCCAGAAAUUUUCUAGCACAUCAGGUUCGAAGCAUCCAUCUAAGUUGGAUAUGAAAGCAGUUGAUCCAGACAUUGGAAGGGUGCAUAAAGUACUGCAAAGUCCGAGAUUUUCAGCUAAAAGACUUGCUGAGAGUCAGGAUAGUGAAUGCAUUGAGAUGGGAAGUCCUAGGAAAAAACCUGCUCUAUCACGCGAGACUUCAUUCAAGAACUUGGAUGCACUAAAAACGAAGGUAGCAAUCAUGCCUGGAACAACAGAAAGUCGCGGGGCAAACAGUCCUAAGGGCUUUUCCCGCUCACAAUCUAUGUUGGGUUCUCAUUCAUUAAAAGAUACAGCAAAGCUUCAGUCUCCUCAUGGGUUCAUCUCACGGUCAAGUUCUUUCAACUUAAGCUCUAAACCGAAGGUUAAACAGCUCACUGAAAGUGUUCCUCUUAAGCCAAAAAUCUCUCGAGGAUCUUCAUUUAGCGACAUGAAGAAAGAGGCACUUGGUAGAUCAAUGACUAAGUCUGCAUCAUUUAAAAACAUUAAAUCUGGUCGUUCUCGUAGUGAGUCAGCAAGUAAAGUUCAGUUCAUUCAUCAGUCCGGAGUUGCGGAUCCAAAAUCUUUGAAGCAGAUGAAAGAAGGACAUACAAUGGAAAAGAAGAGAUCUAUCCAUAAUGGUCCCUCCACCAUUUUAUCUCCAAGGUCUCGUACCAGCAUGACUCUUGCAAAGAUGGACAUGAAGACUGCAGGUCACGAUAUGAAGCUGAAUAUGUCUGAAUCUAAUGUUGCUAGAAUGAGUAAAGGAUCAGAGUCUGUAAAUGGUUUAGGAAGGAAUGAAGCAAAGAGGCAGACAUCUUCAUCAAAGGUUCCUGGAAGUGUAUCUUUGAAUGCGAUGGUUAACAAUGAGGACCAAAGGCAGUCCCCUGAUGAAGGUGCUCGUGAGAGAUCCAGCGCUACCGAUAAAUCAUGUAAUAAUACUGAGACAGUUCAAGACUGCUCUGUUCUUCAUAAUGCUGAGCCAACUCAUCAAGAUGAUAAAACCAAGGAGAGUGUUUUGAGCAACUCUAGGCAGUCAGUUUCUGCUGGGAAUCAAAUAUUACGUUGUCAAAGAUGUAAUGAAGUAGGUCACACAACACAAUUCUGCUCAAUUAAUAAGCUACGGUCAUCUGCUGUUAAGCCUUCAACAGAUAAGAAUUCAAAGGAUGGAAACGGAGAAGACAACAACCGGAAAGAAACGGAGACGGACAUUCCGAAAAGUAAGUUGCAAAAGAACAACAUACAGAUUGCUCAGUCAAAGGAGUUGGCCAUUUUGGAUGCAAAUCAUAGCUGUGAAGAAGCUUCGAAAGAUUUUGUGUCCAGUUCCACUGCUCAUCCUAGAGAUAUCACUUUUGAGCCAGGAACAUCUAAUGAACAAGAUAUCUCAAGAAGAUCAGAAGCUGAUUGUGUCAAAACAGCACAUGCUAGUGAUGUAAUGCUGCAACCCUGUCCACUAUUUGAAGCUUCAUGUGAUUCUAGAGCUGCUCUAAUAAUUGAAACUUCUUGCUCUCCUAAAGACUGCGAUUUAAAUGCUUCUGAUGCUAUUUCAGUUGAGUUGAAUACAAGGCAUUUACUGCAUGUUUUGCCUGAUCAGGCUUCACUACUUGCAGCCCUUUCUAGAACUCCAACAAUUCCAGAGCUUGAAUUCAUUUGGCAAGGUAGUCUUGAGGUUCGAAGACCUGGAAAUGAGUCUGUAGCAUUUGAUGGGAUUCAGGCACACUUGUCUACAUCUUCUUCACCCAGAGUUCUUGAAGUAGCAAACAAGAUGACUUGCAAAGUUCAGCUGGAGGAAGUUCCCUCUAGUAGUUUAUGGCAGUUGCAGUCUAGGGAAAUUAUUCCCAAUGAGCAUAACAUUGCCCUAUUUUUCUUUGCUAAGGAUGUUGAUAGUUAUGAGAGGAGUUAUAGCAAGCUGUUGGAGAAGAUGCUUAAAAAUGAUUUAUCUCUUAGAGGGAACAUUGAUGAUAACGAACUUCUUAUAUUCCCGUCAACUAAGUUACCUGUGCAUUCUCAACGUUGGAAUAGGCUGUUUUUCCUUUGGGGUAUAUUCAAAAGGAGCAGCAUAAAUGGUUUAAAGUCCAAAAUGAGUCCGCAGAAGGAAGCUUCUAGACCCUUGAAUAUGAACCAUGCCACUCAAGAUCUUCCUCCUGCUCUCACCUCAUUAGUUUCCAGUUCCCAGGAAGCUGUUUCAAUUGAGAAUUCUGAAAAAUCACCAAGAGGCAACAUAUCACCAGAGGACAAGGCAUGCAAAAUGAGUCCCUGGAAGGAAGCUUUUGGAUCCAUUUUGAACAUGGACCAUGCCACUCGAAACCCUCCUGUUCUUAGCUUUUUCCCUUCCAGUUCCCAAAAAGCUAUUUCAAUUGAGAAUUCUGAAAAAUCACCUAGGGGGGACAUAUCACCAGAGGCCAAGGUGCUGAGGUCCGCUACUUCUGUGGAAGCUUGGGACAAUUCAUCCUCUAAAAUUGAGGAUAGAAUGUUCAAAGUUCAGGAAUCUCCUCUUGUUCAUAAUUCUUCCUUUCAGGGUGCUUCUGGCAUUAAGCCACAAUUGGAGCAAAGUUCACAUGCAUUUCCUGUUAGCCAUUUUUUAAGUAGCACAAACAAGCUUUCUAAUCUAUCCAAUCCGCAUCCUGAGUCGAGGUUUCAGAAGACCGGCACUCCAUGUUGCUCAGAAGUGAAAAAUGAUGAUGCUUAUCUGAAAAAAAUUGGUUAUGGUUUUGAGGGAAGACAGGCUGUAACUUCAACAUCUCACACUCACGCUAUUAACGAACAGGUUUGGCUUAGCAGAGCAUCGGUCUCCUACUCGACUCCAGAUUGCAGUGAAGAUGUCGAAAGCAGCAGAAGUGGGAAAAGACUGGGGGAAGAAGAGAUAUCAAUGGAGGAGAAGCCAAACAGGAAGCGUUCACACGUAUCCUCAACCAAUUUAAUCUCUGUAGAUAUCAAUGAAACCAUGGUCUCAAAUGAUGAAAGAAAACAGAAAAGGAUAUGUUAUGGAGAAGAAACAUCAAGCAUGAGAUCUUCAUCUAAAGUGCAUCCCUUGUCUGGCAUCUGGAAUCAACAGUCCACAGAAUCAUUGAACUUCUUCCCAGUGGAACCGAGUCCUGUACAGAAUAAUACCAAACCGGAAAACCUAAUACACAUACUCUCUUCAGAUGACGAAGACGAUCAGGAAACUAAAAACCCAAAUCUUGAACUUGCUCUUUGGGGAAGACAAAAUGCACACAAGGGGAGGCAAUGGAAAAAUCUAGAUGAAGACGAAGAUGUUUCAGCAUCACUUUCUCUAUCCCUUGCAGUUCCUACUCUUGAGAAGGAGCGGCCAAAGCACGUUACAAACCAAGAUCAAGAAAGGCCUGAUGUCAGCACAUCAUUGCUUCUCUUUGGUCGCGUCAUUAAUAAGUAGCCUGUUUGGAGGAAACUAGGCUUUGUAUAUUGAUUACCGGUAGGAAAUAGUCACUGAGGGCAAAUAUUGAAGAAAGCCCUUUUGCAUCUGUUCAUAACCACACAGGAGCAUGUUUUUUUGGGAAAUAUUCUCCUCUUUUUGGUUAGUUGCUGUUUUCAGAGUGUAGAAUCAUGGCUGCUUGUAUAUAAGAGAUGGAAAGCCAAGGUUUUACUCCGAAUUUAAGUCUAUAUGGGUACAUUUUCUUUUCUGGCACAUAUCAUUUGAGUGCCUGUUUUUUUUUUUAUUUAAUUUUUUCUCA